CUACCCCCGGCUUCCUUCUGUCAUGCGCGUGAAAGGAAAGGAAGGACAUGACAUGGGGUUAUAUUUUCCACUGACCACAUAAACGAGCUCCUGAUACUGUUUAAGUCGCCAAAUAGUUUGGGUUUCUAUGUUUCGCUUUAGUAGGACGUUUAAUUAACCUCUAGUAGAAGCUGAGGCUAGCGAGUCGAGCAGCUAGCAGCUAGCUUUUUAACUCGCUGUUUAAAAGGAGCAACUUUAGCCCACAGAGCAUGGCGUUAAUCCUGUUUACGAGAUCCCGGACACCUUUAAUGAAAACGUCCCGGUCGUUAAAGAACGAAUUCCGGAAAGGUAAAGGUAAACUACAGGAUGGUUCCUGUUUCAACUGCAUGACUCUCAGACUCACCAGUCAAAAGCUUGACGUGCUCCAGCUCGGCAGCUUGGCCCGUGUCUUCUCCGUCAGCCCGUCCCCCCCCCUGCCCGAGGAAUACAUGGCAACCUGUCAGACUCUGGACCCACGGCGACCGUACUGUGCAUUUGCCGUGGCUUCCUCCAGUCCGGCCUGGCGUACGACAGGCUCGCCUCAGUACUUCCCGGGCGUCAGGUGGAUACACACCUCAAGGAGACGAUGGGACGACUCAAAGCUGGAGAAAUCCCUAAAAUCCUUAAAAGACAGGAAAAUGAAGCUGGAGGAAGGCGGGCCAGUGUACAGCCCCACGCUGGACGCUGAACCCGUCAGACGGACGAUCCGGCAGCGGGUCAUCGACGAAAUCAAGCACUACUACCACGGCUUCAGGCUGCUGUGGAUCGACACCACCAUUGCAGGACGCAUGUUCUGGAAGAUCCUGAAUGGGAAUCCUCUGUCUCGCCGUGAAAGGAGACAAUUCCUCAGAACGUGUGCAGACGUUUUCAGACUGCUGCCUUUCCUGGUGUUCAUCAUCGUCCCGUUCAUGGAGUUCCUCCUUCCUGUGGCGUUGAAGCUGUUCCCCAACAUGCUGCCUUCCACCUUUGAAACCCAGUCGAAGAAGGAGGAGAGGUUGAAGAAGGAGCUCAGAGUCAAACUGGAGAUGGCCAAGUUCUUACAGGACACCAUCGAGGAGAUUGCACUGAGGAACAAGGCUGCCCAGGGCAACGUGACCGAGGAGUUCUCCACCUUCUUCCAAAAGAUCCGGGACUCUGGAGAACGUCCCAGUAACGAGCAGAUCAUAAAGUUCUCCAAACUGUUUGAGGACGAGCUGACUCUGGACAACCUGACCCGACCUCAGCUGGUGGCUCUCUGCCGCCUCCUGGAGCUCCAGUCCAUUGGAACCAACAACUUCCUGCGCUUUCAGCUUAUCAUGAAGCUGAGGGCCAUCCAUGCUGAUGACAAGCUCAUAGCAGAAGAAGGAAUAGAGAGUAUGAGCGUGACCGAAGUGCAGUCGGCCUGUCGCGUUAGAGGCAUGAGAUCUCUAGGAGUCACAGAGGAACGACUGAGGGAGCAACUCAGCCAGUGGUUGGACCUGCAUCUGAACCAGCAGAUCCCCACAUCUCUGCUGCUGCUGUCCCGAGCCAUGUUCCUCCCUGACACUCUGUCUCCAGCGGAUCAGCUCAAAACUACACUGCAAACCCUUCCUGAGAUGGUGACCAAAGAGGCCCAGGUGAAGGUGGCUGAAAUCGAGCUCUCCAAAGUGGACAAUAAGACCAAACUGGAGACGAUGCUGCAGGAGGAGGCGGCAAUACGCCAAGACACCAAGGAUCGGGAGAUGGAGAGGCUGGCUGAUGCUGCAGAGAAGGCUGCUAGGGAGGACGAGUUGGAGCUUGAAGUCGACGGUGUGAAGCACAGCGAUGCAGAGUCUGCGUUGCUACAAGCUACCAGAGCAGCUCAGUCAGAGACUCUGAGGGACACAGCUCCUGUUAUAGAGGGAAGCAAGGAUGAGGAGAUAAGCAAAGAAGAGAUCCACCUUCUGAGUGACGCCUGCUCUAAGCUGAAGGAGCAGAAGAAGCUGCUGACUCUGGAGAAAGAGGAACUGGAGGAGCUGAAGGAUGACGUCCAGGAGUACAACGAGGAUCUGGAGGAGAUCAAAAAGGAAUUUUCCAAGAACGGUCAGGAGAAGGCCUUGAAAGAGUCGAAGGCCAGCAAGCGUUUGUCUAAGAGAGUCACCCGCAUGAUCGGUCGCAUUGAUAAGAUCAUUGGGGAGCUGGAGAAGGACAAAGUCAUGCUGGACGGGCAGGCGGAAAGCGGAACCACUCUGCCUGUUGGAUUAUUCUUCACUAAGUAUAGCGAUGCCGUGAGUCUGUUCUACACCUUCAGGGAGAACCUGAUCGGCAUCGACGAGCUCAUCAACGUCAUGCGGCAGAUCCAGAACAUUCCAGAGGACAAGCUGCAGAGGAUCGCAAAAGCCCUGGACGACAACAAGGACGGAAAGAUCGACAUCGACGACGCCAUCAAAAUGGUGGAACUGAUCGACAAGGAAGACAUCGACAUCUCUACUUCGCAGCUGGCUGACAUCAUGGUCAUGCUGCAGAAGGAAGAGAAGCUGAUGGAGAAGGAGAAGGCCAAAGACAAAGCUGAGAAGGAGCAGGCAGCCAAACUCAACAGCUAACUCAUCUUCCCUCAAAAACACAGAGAGCAUUUGUAAAAAAGAAAAAAAAAAAAAAAGACCACAGAUUAGCUUAGUCUGCUCUCGGAAUACUUCGGACAUCAAGUCAGUGGAGAAUUACAAGGUAACAGUUGCCAUGUGGAAAUAACUGCUUAACAAAAAAAUAUCAAUAAAAAGGCCUCCUUCCUCUUCAAUGCACAGAAUUAAUUUGAAAGCUAUUAUGUAAAACCUUUUGGAGUGAUCCUAUGUAUUAUGUGGACACUUGAGUUUAUGUAAUUUUAGCUAAUUUAUUGAUACAGGGAGCAGGGUGACAUGGAACCAUGGUUGCUUUACGAACUAAAAGCUUUGAGGAGAAAUUUGAUCAUAUUAGUGGAUGUGAUAUUUAGAGUUUGUGGUGAAACAUCUUGCCUUUCAUUUCAAUCAUGUCAUCUCACACAAAUGACAUCCAUUCUGGACUUGCACAGUAAACAGUAUAGUCAUUAUUGUCAUUCCACUAAGUUUUUUUUCUCUUUAUUUUCACCCACCAUCCAAUGUCAUGUACUUCCUUUCUCUUUUUCUCAUUUGUGUUUGUUCUGGUCGGUCGGUACCGUUAGUGGCUGCUACCAAAGACGUUAUUAGACACAACGCUCACAUUGUGAAUGUGAAACUAGCAUAAAUGCAUUUUAAAAGUGCUUUACAUUAGUUUAUUCUGGAAAUGAAAGCAGAUUUAGAUUCAUUCCAGUUAAUAUGGAGCUUCUCGGAUGGUAUCAGUUACUUACUGUGGUAUACAUAAAUGUGUUGCAACAUUUAUACCUCUAGCAGCACUAACUUGCUGGGGACAUUGAUUCUUUGGCCGUCUCCUCAGGGGUCUUGUGCUGUAACAUCGAAUGCUAGCGGAUCUUUGUUGAUCUGACCGUUUCUUGUGCGUUCUGUAGAAGCACUGUUGGAUUGAGACUGCAGUUUGUAGGCCAUGUUGGUGCUUUACACUCUCUGCCUAGGCAUGGGUCAGUUACUGUGUAUCAAAGUAUUCUGAUGUUGGAUAAAGUGACGACUUAAACACCAAAACAACACAAAACAUCCUAUUGUUUCUGUGCUCUAAAGCUCUCAUAAAGGGGCAGUAUUAUGUAAAAUCGACCUUUUUUAAGCUUUCCACAAUGUUAUAAUGUAAUUUUCUCAUAAAAAAACACACCUGUAGUGUUGCUUUGAUUCUUUCAUGCAUGUUGGAGAAAUCCUCAAAUCUCCGCAGUAAACAUUCAACUUUGCAAAACACCUGGGUGGACUUAGCCCCGCCUUGAAGGCGCAGCUCCUCCUCAGAGCUGCACUUCCCAAACUUCCGCCUCACAGAGCAGCUCUCUCCCUCUCAGCUCCUUCAGACUAGCCAGCAGCAAUUAGCAAACACCUGGUGGAACUUAUAAUCUGCUGAGCUCAUUAUAAGAGCUACUUCUCUGAGCAACAUUGGUAAAAAACAUUGCCAAAGGGUAAAUAGAGGAGCCAUGUUGUGAUCACUUUCUGAAGGCGGAGUUUCAGAAAGAGCAGAAGCUUUGGAGAUCCAAUUUCUAGGCGUUAAAUUACAAAGACAAAUUUCUUUUAAGUUGUAUUUCUUAUAUUUAGCAUUUUUACAACAACUGAAGGUAGCAUGGCUGCUUAAUUAUGCUAUUAAACUAUUCUAUAUGUCUGGAAAACACACAAUACUGCCCCUUUUAAUAAGACGCCAGAGCGGAAUUGAGCAAUUCCCUUCACCCACCCACUGCUGCACACUGCCUGUGUAGCAGAAAGAAAGCAACUGCACUUUUCUCUCACUUGCAGGAGAGGUAAACUGGACCGAAAAUGUUCGAACCAUAGACAGGGGUCUAAUUGCAACUGUUGAGUCUAUAAUUAGCUCGUCUGUUCAGCAGCAGACUGCAGGCCAGCUACCCGAGCGGAUAGCCUGACUAAUUAACAUGCUAACAUCAGCUUAUUAUGCUUGUUACUCUUGAAAUGUUCAAGUUUCAUGACUAAUUAUUCGACUUUCUAGCUUCACUGAAUCAAAGUAGAAAUAACUGAAUGCUAGACCAUUAGAAAAAUUCAAUACUACAGUGGCAGCUGGAAAUGUUGUUUGUUUCAAUAAAAGCAACUAGAUCGCAUUUUACGUCUUUGUUCAAAAUGUAGUUGUAAAUUGUGUUUGUAUUCAAUGAUAUGAGGAUGUCACACUGGCCCAUGCCGAGCUGCGUCCCUUAAGACGUUUAAGGACGACUUGACUCUUGGCUUAGAGAAGUCUGUCACAUUGAGGAUCAGAUUUUUAUUUUAUCGUUUCAAAGCAAUACCCAUAAGAGUGCUACUUAAUGUCUGCAAGCAAAGCACAGCUCUGCAGCAGCACUAUCAGUUUCAUUUAAUGGUUGUGGCUGGUUUUUAUAUGUAGUCUCACCUCCUUGUAAAGUGCCCAAGUUACACUAUAGUGCUCAACACCAAAUCCUGGUUACUGCUAAGAAAACAAAGAAAACCCAGAUAAACAGAACCAGUAUACGCACCACAAACCAAACAUCUGUCCGAGCUGGUUUUAUGAAACUGGAGGAUUUUAAAUUUGUUUAUGAAGAGGGUAAACUCAAAGCUUGAAUGAUUCAUAUUUGCUCCACAUGGGUUCUGGUAGAAUUCUGAUAGAAUUGGGCUUUAUAGGAUAAAUACAAAGUGGCCUUCUCUUGAUGCAUGUACUACUAAUGGUUCAUGUACUGUUUGUAUAUUUAUUUGUAAUUUUUUUUAGACCUUUAAGGAGAUAAUAAUAUUUUUUUGGUUAUUAUGAAUACGAGUGUAGAACAGAUUAUUUAGAAUUUUACCCUCAGACCAGUUUCAAAAUAAUAUCACACUGCAGCUAUGAAUGUGUUAGUUUUAAACAGGGAUAUUUUUUUUCUUUUCUUUUUUUUUUUUUUUUUUUUUACGGAAAAAUUAUAAUUUCAUGUACAGGGACAAAAAACAUUCAAACUUCCACAUAGCGCCAUCCACGUUUCGUCACCGUAAAAACACAAGCGUCGAUGUUUUUUUUAUUGGGGUUUUUGGGACAGAACAAAAGUGGUUCCUUCUUAUGAAGUUUAACGCUUCAUGUCUGACUUGUAGUGUUCACCAUCUUCCCUGUCGAUGCUGAGAAGAGGCAUUCCCACAGCAUGAUGCCACCACCCCUGUGUUUCACUGCAGAAGGGUGUCUUCAGAGUAGGCAUUCGCCACUGAAUUUUAUCGGCCUUGAUUUCCUUAAUGUCUGCAGUAAACAAUAGUCACCGCACCGUUGCUAACUUUGUGACUUUGUCAUUAUAUUUACAGGUUUUAAGACAAAAAGAAACGGUAUCGGCCAGAAUAUCAGAAUUGCCAUUUCAAGAUGGGCCUGAAAACUGCAAUCGGUGCAUAUUUGUCACAUAAAAUCCUAAUACAGAUCCUGAGGUAGUAACAAGCCGAAAUGUGGAAAAGUUUUAACAGUACAGUAAAUGAAGCGGCUUGGCAGUUAAAUAUGUCAAUAUGUAGUUUAAUCAGAUCUCCAAGUAAAUGUUACUCCGAUUAAACAAUGUUCCCGU